AUGGAAGACAUCGAGUUUGGUGGUGGGUGGCCAGAGUCCGAUACAGACUCUACAGAUCUUCCAAGGAUAAGAUUCAAAAACAUAUUUUCGGAAUUAUUAAUUAUACCACAAUCACCAACAAUGAAUCACCACCACUGCGACAUGAAUAAUCCUAUUAUCGAAGCUAUUGGAUCUGGUGUAUCUAUUAUUGAGGAGCAUCCUCUUUGCCAAGGAUCCACUGGUAUCAAUGCACUUAAUUCAUACACUCUAGUUGAAGCAACAAUGAAUGGCAAUGGGUUCCGAUGUUACUACAGACCUGUGACUGUCUCAUAUCACUACACAACGACUAUCAUAAUCAUUGGUCAAUAUUAUGUUAUGUUAGUUGUUAAAAAGAUAUUGAUCAACCACUUGAUCAGUCAGGAUCAAUUAUAUCAACCACCAAUAACAGUAGCCAUAAGUUCAAUUAUAUCAAAUGGGCAAUUGGUCGAUAAAGAUAUCGAGUUAACCAACAUUUAG